AUGUCUGACUCAGAGGCAUCUUCAAGUACAUCUGCUGCAGGGUCACCCCCACAAAUCGAGACCGAAGAGGCAGCAGCUGCACAGGAGCAGUCGACGACCGUAACAGGAGUAACACUCGACUCGACUUCAUUCGCUUCUCUUGAAUUGUCGAAACAAACAAUAGAUGGCCUUACCGCCAUGGGUAUGACACGGAUGACACCCGUUCAAGCACGUACAAUUCCUCCCUUGCUGGCCGGUCGAGAUGUCUUGGGUGCCGCACGCACAGGGAGUGGAAAGACUUUAGCUUUCCUAGUUCCAAGUAUGAGCUGUUAUGUUGUUUAUGGUAAACUAGGGACGGGCAUUAUAAUCAUUUCUCCUACUCGAGAAUUGGCCCUUCAGAUUUCCAUAAAGGCAGAGGUUGAGAAGCUACAAAAGGGUGUUAAUUUGCUGGUUGCGACUCCCGGACGGCUGCUUGAUCACCUGCAGAACACAAAAGGAUUCGUAUUCAGAAAUCUUAAAGGUUUGGUCAUCGACGAGGCAGACAGAAUAUUAGAGAUUGGAUUCGAGGAAGAAAUGAAGCAAAUUAUCAGCAUCCUACCUAAUGAGAACCGCCAAUCAAUGCUCUUCUCCGCCACACAAACCACCAAGGUUUCUGACCUCGCCAGAAUAUCCUUACGCCAGACACCCGGGCCACUACAUAUAAAUGUUGAGAGCGAAUCCGCACCAAGCACUGUGAUACACUCAGUCAGGGUUAUGUUGUAUGCCCUAGCGAUCGAAGGUAUGUACUCUCCUUCCCUCCUGUUUCGUUCUGACCGAAGGGCCGCCAGAUUCCUUUUACUGUUUACUUUCCUCAAAAAGAAUCUAAAGAAAAAGGUCGUUGUGUUCUUUUCGAGUUGCAACUCGGUCAAGUAUCAUGCCGAGCUAUUGAACUACAUUGACGUCCCUGUGCUGGAUCUACAUGGCAAGCAAAAACAACAGAAACGCACAAAUACCUUUUUCGAAUUUUGCAAUGCUUCCCAAGGGACAUUACUUUGCACAGACGUCGCAGCUCGAGGACUGGACAUUCCCAAAGUUGACUGGAUUGUCCAGUUCGAUCCACCUGAUGAUCCACGAGACUACAUCCACCGUGUUGGUCGUACCGCGCGGGCAGGAAAAGCGGGAAAGAGCUUGAUGUUUUUGUUAGAGAGCGAGCUUGGGUUCUUGAGAUAUCUCAAGGAAGCAAGGGUUCCUCUGAACGAGUUUAGUUUCCCGGCUGACAAGAUCGCCAACGUCCAGUCACAACUCGAGAAACUCCUCCAAAAGAACUACUAUCUCCAUCGGUCAGCCCUCGAUGGAUAUAGAUCCUACCUUCAAUCAUACGCCUCCUAUUCGCUCAAGAAGAUUUUCGAUGUGAACAAGUUAGAUCUCGCCAAGGUCGGCAAAGCGUUUGGAUUCGCCGUCCCGCCCAGGGUAAACAUUGCUGUAGCCGGCGAACGGCCCGGGAAUGAUGAAGACGAAGAUGGCGAAAAGAGGAGCAAGGGGAAGAGAGAAGGGCUACUCACGAUCAGGAAGAGGAGGAAGAAGGCGAAGGAAGUAGCUCGCGCCAGGAAUAGCAAGCAAAAGCGAGUUGAGCAACUAGGAAAGAAGCGCGUCGAAAAGGAGGUGUUCAAGAAGGGCAAAGAGAGACAAGCCCAAAAAGCUGCAGGACAACAAUGGUCUCGAUAG